AUGUCAGAACCUCAAGAUUGUGAUUUUCUUUUAAAGGAGAAUGAGGUCGAAACUGGAACUCUGAUGACAAAUUUACAAGACAUUGAUAGAUGGGAUGAAUUAAUAAACGACAUUAUUUAUAUUAGUGAAAAAGCGCAAUAUAAAGACGUAUGUAAUCGUUUCAAAGAACGCAUUUUACCUUUCAACGAAUACGUGCAAAAGGUACAAAGGGAGGGACGAAUCAUAAAUCAUGACUCAUAUAAUAUCAUUUUCCAAAGGCUACUUAUUAAUAUCGAGAAUAUAAAAUAUUUUACCCAAGACGUAUCACAACUAUAUCGAAUAAAGAGGAUUAUCCUCGCCGAACCCAUUAAAAGUAAAUAUGAUAAAUUGAUUUCAGAAUUUGAUAAUCUGGUAAAGGAUUUUGAUAUUACCGUGAAUGAAGCAUACGAACAAAAAAGAAAAAACUUCAAUGAAGAUAGUGUGGACAUGCAAGAGUAUUUAUCGGAUGUGACCGGAGCUUUAUCGGAACCUCACGAAAAUAGCGGAGAAAUUCAAGACGUGAUAAGUCAACUAUUUGAACAUAAUGUUGAUCCCGUGAAGCAAUCAUUAAUAGUCCCCGAAUUUAUUAAUUCAACCUUUAUUGAACCAACAACUCUUGUAGAACCAAUAAAUAAGAAAUCAGACAUUCCUUUAGAUAUAGCCUGUGUACCAAUAUUCAUGCCUACCGAAGAAAAGUCUCUUAAAGCAGAACAUUUAAAUCAACAUAUAAAAAUUAUGAAAGUACUAAACUCCUCACAUAAUUUUAUAAAAUUUCACGGUAUCUCUCAAAUUGACGACACUUUUGUAAUGAUUAGCGAAUGGGCUGAAUUGGGCAGCCUAAAGGAAGCAUAUGACAAUUACAGUAUUAGCUGGAAUAUUAAGAUUCAAAUAGCACUCGAUAUUUGUCGUGGAAUAUAUUUUAUGCAUGAAAAUAAAAUUCUCCAUCAUAAUUUACAAUGUGACAAUAUUAUGAUGUCAGCAUAUUGUGAACCCAAAAUAACAAAUUUUGAAUAUUCAUAUUAUAUGGGUAGUAAUCCCCUAUCAAUUCCAAAUAUGAACGAUAUUAUAAACUGGAUGGCUCCAGAAAAAAUUGAAAGUUUCAAUUUAUAUCAAUAUGAUGCCAAAUGUGAAAUGUUUAGUUUUGGGAUGUUGUUAUGGGAGCUUGCCUAUGAAAAAAUUCCCUAUCAAGAUUGGGAUGUGCAUAAAAUAAAACAUCACGUUUUAAGUAAUAAUAGGGAAACCUUAAAUAUCGAAUCGACAAGUAACAAACUUCAAAGAAAUUAUUUUCAAAUUAUUGAAAAUGCUUGGCAUCAAAGUCCAGAACAUCGUUUAAAUUUUUUCGAUAUUUUUAAACAACUGGAUGAAUUAGUUUCUAAUUAUUAUCAAAAUGGUCUUUCCAAGAACUUGAUUCCAAAGUAUAAUUCGACCGAUCCUAUUGAUGAUGAGUUGGAAGAAAAAGCAAAAGGGUGGAUUGAAGAUGCCAUUCAACAAAAAUUUAUCAAGUCAAUAGAAUGGACCGAAUUUAGUCUUCAUAAACCUAUCGGAGCAGGAAAUUUUGGAUCAGUAUAUAAAGCAUACUGGUCUAAUAUUCACAAUUAUGUGGUUUAUAAAAAAUUGAUAGUUUCGUCAAAUAUUCAAUAUAAAUUGUGGGAAGCAUUUAAACACGAAUUACAAAUACAAAGCAGGGUGCAUACCUGUGAAAAUAUCAUUCGAGUUUUAGGCGUAGAAAUACACACUUCUUUAGGUGAAAUCACCACUAGGAUAUUUUCACCUAGAGGAAAUUAG